AAUUGAAUUAUAUGCUUUAUUAUUGUUAAAUAAAUUUGUAGAAAAUGGUAAUUUCAAGAGUUUAGUCACUCGAAAUCAGCUUCAGGUGGUGUUUAGAAAUGAGUGUAUUUACUUUGAGAACUGUGACAAAAAGCCCGAUAUUUAUUUUUUCGUAGCCUUAGCUAUUUAUUAAAAGAAGCUAUUUUUAUCUCCUGAACGCUAAAAAGACACAGUUGUUCAUGCUUUACAAUUACCAACGUGUGUAGGUAAAGGAAUACUGCAUUGAUUUGAAUUUUUUAAACCAUGUAGAUAAAACAGCUUAAUUUUACAAACUUAUAUUUCCAACUAUGCAAACUAAGUGCUGAUGUCCUACAAUUCCACCAUCUGCUGGUUAUAUCCAUCAUGAGCAAGGUGUCUACUGUGUUUUAUACUGUAGAAGUGGGAGAUACUAAAUUUACCAUCCUGAAGCGCUACCAGAAUCUUAAGCCCAUUGGUUCAGGCGCACAGGGCAUUGUAUGUGCUGCUUUUGAUACAGUUACUGAACAAAAUGUAGCAAUAAAGAAACUUAGCCGGCCGUUUCAAAAUGUUACGCAUGCCAAAAGAGCAUACAGAGAAUUCAAAUUGAUGAAAUUGGUGAAUCAUAAAAAUAUAAUUGGCCUUCUGAAUGCAUUUACACCCCAAAAAACAAUGGAGGAAUUUCAGGAUGUUUACCUUGUUAUGGAACUUAUGGAUGCAAAUUUGUGCCAAGUUAUUCAAAUGGAUCUGGAUCAUGAAAGAAUGUCUUAUCUCCUGUAUCAAAUGCUUUGUGGAAUUAAACAUUUACAUUCAGCUGGGAUAAUUCACAGAGAUUUGAAACCAAGUAACAUAGUUGUAAAAGCAGAUUGCACUUUAAAAAUUUUAGACUUUGGUCUAGCUCGAACAGCAGGGACCACUUUCAUGAUGACGCCAUAUGUUGUGACCAGAUAUUACAGAGCUCCUGAAGUCAUUUUGGGAAUGGGUUAUAAGGAAAAUGUGGAUAUCUGGUCAGUGGGUUGUAUUAUGGGUGAAAUGAUAAGAGGCACAGUUUUAUUCCCAGGAACUGAUCAUAUCGAUCAGUGGAAUAAAAUUAUCGAGCAGCUUGGAACUCCUUCGCAAGAAUUCAUGAGAAGGUUGCAGCCUACUGUUCGUAAUUACGUAGAGAAUAGGCCAAGAUAUGCUGGGUAUUCCUUUGAGCGGCUCUUUCCAGAUGUUCUUUUCCCUGCUGACAGUUCUGAACAUAGUCGUCUAAAAGCAAGUCAAGCUCGAGACUUACUAUCAAAAAUGCUUGUUAUUGAUCCAGAGAGGAGGAUAUCUGUUGAAGAUGCACUAAUGCAUCCUUACAUUAAUGUAUGGUAUGAAGAAAGUGAAGUAAAUGCUCCAGCUCCUGGGCCGUAUGACCAUUCUGUUGAUGAGAGGGAACAUACUGUUGAACAGUGGAAAGAACUAAUAUACCAUGAAGUUCUGGAAUAUGAGCAGACACACAAUACUUUAGGAUUAGGCCGUCCACUGACUGCUCACCACAAUUCCCAGGCAGAUGGUGCAAUAGAGGAUGACUGUCCCGAAGACGUCUCUGAUCAAGCCUCCAAUGGUCCUGCAAACCCAUAUGGUCAUCGUAGAUAGACGUAAAUACUUUUCUCCUUUGUCUUAGUCUUUGACUGCCACGCCCACCGUAUGUAGGGUUCUGUACAAACUAGUCGCCAGUGGACGAAACUCCGUCUUCGAUCCUGCCAAAACGUCGGCCGUUUGCUAAGACGGACGUUCAACUUCCCACUUUCCAGUCAUUUAGCAAGAACUUAAAUUCUCUAUUGCAAGAUGACAUUGUGUGAAAAAAAAUUAAUUUUACUUUGAAACUCCUGUUUGUCCCACAAGUGAGAGAACUAAAGUUUGUUUAUUUCGCUAUUAGUGUAAUUUCCUCACACAAAAAGGUUCUCACUGAACAGGGUUAAAAAUUCAACGAACCCUUUCUUUGAGCUAAUGCAUUUUUUCUGUUAAAAUAUAUGGAUAUGUAUACUAAUUGCGAAAUGCAAGUAUUGUUCUCUCAGUUAUGGGACUCCUGAUUAAGCAUGUACUGAGAUUGGAAGGAUAAAAUGAACUAAACUUGCCUGGUAAUGUAGCUGUUUAUUUUGCCAGCAGGUUGUGAUGCUGAGUACGUGGCAAGUUUCAUUCAAUGAUAUAUUUAUUUUGUUGUGUUUUCAUUCAAAUAAACACCUAUUUCAAUUGGUGUGUGAUUGUGCGAUGUGUAGUCAAAACUUGCUUAGGCAAUUUCAAUGUCAAAAUUGUGUACUGCUUCAAAAUUCAUCUUGGCAGUGCUUUUAGAAUUACAGUCUUAGGGUAAUUUUUUUAUGCUGAUUAAAAUCAUUCUUUUUUAAUCAUGCAUCUUGUUUAUAAUUACUUGAAGAGUCAAAGCAAGAUUGAUUGUUCUUGCUGAAAAUCACUAUCUGAAUUAAGAGAGACAUGAAUGGCAGCUAAAUAAUAUGUCACAUGGUAUUAACUAAACAGAAUUUGUGCAUCAAAUGCCCUGUUUAAAAAAAUUCACUAUAUUUCAAGCUUUAAAGGAAAUAUUCUAUUACAUCCUCCAAAAUAUUAAGCAGUAAUUUAAAAAAUGGUAUUACAUUCCUUUUUCGUUGUAGCUUGGUAUCAAAAUUUUAAAAUUGUGAAUGCAAUCCAUUUUAUGUAAAACAUGUUUUCAAAAACAUUUUUAUCAUAAUUUUAUUCAUUAAUGAAUAUUACAUUUAUUUUCUUAAGUGUUCUUAAAAUUCUUAUAUUUUGUGUAGUUCAUUUGCUUGUGUGUUACAUGAAUUCAGUUUAUUUAAAAACUCAGCUGCUAUUAAAAACAAAUCACAUGCUAAUAAAGUGAUGGAUUACUGUUUUGUACUGAAUUUACAUACUGUGAUUUUUAAUUUGUAUUUUCCUCAAAAUGUGACUGUAACUGAAGACUGAGAAUAGGACGUGUAAUGAAAUAUGUUUUGAUGUUUAAGCUGUGUUAUGUAAAAAAUUGUCUCAUUUUAAUGUUUUGUUGAAUUUUUGAAUAAAAAUUAAGAGCAAAACAAGAA